AUACACCACUACACCAAACGAGCAUAUCGGUUAUUCGCUUUCGCCCUUCCCUUUCUGUGGGAAACCCUAACCCUAAAGGAUUCGCCAUGAAAGGAACAAGAUCGAAGCCCGAUACCAGGAAAGCUGACAACAAGCUCUCUGUGAAGAGGAAAGCUGGCGCUAGUGACGGAGCUAGCAAAAAACCAACCAAGAAGGAUAAGUCAGCGAAGGAUCCUAACAAGCCGAAAAGGCCUGCAAGUGCCUUUUUUGUGUUCAUGGAAGAGUUCAGGAAAACGUUCAAGGAGAAACACCCUAACAACAAAUCUGUCUCUGUUGUUGGCAAAGCCGGUGGCGAUAAGUGGAAGUCUUUGUCAGAUGCUGAAAAAGCUCCUUAUGUUGCCAAAGCCGAGAAAAGGAAGGUCGAAUAUAACAAGAGCAUGCAAGCCUACAAUAAGAAACAGGCUGAAGGAGCAAAUGCAGCUGAUGACGAUGAGGAAUCGUCUGAUAAAUCCAAGUCUGAAGUGAAUGACGACGAUGACGAGGAUGAGAGUGGAGAGGAAGACGAGGAUGAUGAGUAGGAGUGGAUAGGCUACUGGAAGAUAAAAAGAUGGAACUUUUUUUAGUUGUGUAGGACCGUUCUAGGAUUAUCUUCCAUUUCUUGUUAACAUCUCUUCGGUGGAAAAUAGAUGUUUCCCCAUUCCCCCUUUUUGUGUUUUAACUUUUGGAUUAUGAAGAAAGAAAAAGCCAUGCUUACAAUCAACCUCUGUACUUAAAUUUUUCAUGUUCUAAUGAUUCCAUCUAGGGC